UGGGGUUUGAAUGUGAGCGUGCGCUGUCCGAGGGAGGGAGAGAGGAAGGGAAAAGAUGGCGGAAAACAAAGGUGGAACUAAUAUCGAGGCAAACGGCGUCGGUGAGGAGAAGAGCGGCCUGCCCGACAAAGAGGGGGAGAGCCGGGAGAAGCCGGAGCUGGAGGCGGGCGCGAUGCUGGGGGCCGUGGUGACAGUAACGACAUCGACGCCGACAGCAGCAGUGACGACAACGACGACGACGACACCAUCGCCAACGGCCGCCGUCUUCGAAGUGCCGGGGCCGGCAGCCAGUCCGGUUCUGAGUCCGGGGGCGUGCCCCAGCUCGGCGCCGGUCCAGGCACCGAUCCCUGCUGCAUCCGCAUCCGCAGCCGCUCCCCCUCCAGGUCCGAGUCCGGGUCCGGGACCGAGUCCGGGUUCCGGACCGAGUCCGGCGCCGGGACCCAGUCCGGGAGUGGGCCCUGAAAAGGCGGCGACGGCGGCCUCCGUGGAGGUGAACCUGAACCUAUUGGACGAGUGCGCCGUGUGCCGGGAUACUCUGCAGGGGAAGGAGCCCAAGCUGCUCCCGUGCCUUCACUCCUUCUGCAAACGCUGUUUGCCGGAACCCGAGCGGCAGCUGAGUAUCCCCAUUCCCGCCGGGGGCAACAAUACUGCAGGAAAUAACGGGGAAUCGCCAGCUAUUCAGCAGGUGGGUGUUAUCCGGUGUCCAGUGUGCCGACAAGAAUGUAGACAGAUAGACUUGGUUGAUAACUACUUUGUGAAGGAUUCCACGGAAGGCGUAAACAAUUCUGAUGAAAAGUCAUGCCAGGUAUGCACAAGCUGUGAAGAUAAUGCAGAGGCUAGUGGAUUUUGUGUGGAAUGUCUUGAAUGGCUCUGUAAAACAUGUGUAGAAGCCCACCAGAGAGUGAAAUUCACAAAGGAUCAUACAAUAAGAAGAAAGGAAGAUGUUUCACCAGAGGCUGUAGGAGCACCUAGCCAGCGCCCUGUGUUUUGUCCUGUUCAUAAGCAAGAGCAGUUGAAACUUUUCUGUGAAACGUGCGACAAGCUGACCUGUCGGGACUGCCAGUUAUUGGAACACAAGGAACAUAGAUACCAAUUUUUAGAAGAAGCAUUUCAAAACCAAAAAAUUAUUAUUGAAACUUUAAUGGCCAAGCUUCAAGAAAAGAAGAAUUAUGUGCAGUAUGCAGCUAGUCAAGUGCAGAACAGGUUAAAUGAGGUCAAUGAUACGAACAAGAAAGUUGAGCAUGACAUUAAAGUUGCUAUCUUCACUCUCAUUAAUGAGAUAAACAAGAAGGGCAAGAAUCUGCUGCAGCAAUUAGAGAACGUAACAAAGGAAAGGCAGAUAAAAUUACUGCAGCAGCAGCAGGAUGUUACCAGUCUUGCCAGGCAGGUGGAGCAUGUAAUGAAUUUUGCAAAAUGGGCCAUUUCCAGUGGAAGCAGUACAGCACUACUUUACAGCAAGCGUCUGAUUACCUUUCAGUUGCGCCAUAUUCUUCGAGCGCGCUGUGACCCUGUCCCAGCUGCUAAUGGUGGAAUGCGCUUUCACUGUGACCCUACCUUCUGGGCAAAAAAUGUGGUGAAUCUAGGUAAUCUUGUGAUUGAAAACAAGCCAAACCCUCCAGGUUAUACUCCCAAUGUGGUUAUUGGGCACAGUUCCCAAGCCCAAGGACCAGCUGGGGGAAAACCUCAGGGUCAGAUUAACCUUGCACAGCUACGCCUACAACAUAUGCAGCAGCAAUUUGCACAGAAGCAGCAACAGAUGCAACAGAUGAGAAUGAGCCACCCGGUAGGACAACAUCCCAGAACUACAGGACCACAGAUGGUGCAACAGCAGCCUCCACGUUUAAUUAGCAUGCAAGCCAUGCAGAGAGGAAAUCUGAAUGGUGCUGCACUUCAAGCCCAUCAGGCUCAUCAAGCCCAUCAGAUGAGAAUGGCACAAAAUGCUGCUCGCAUGGCUGGGAUGUCUCGACACAAUGGCCAUCAGUACCCAAUGAUGCCCCAGAUAUCACGCCAGCAUGCAAAUCCUGGCCAGACAGGGCCAUUUUCUGCAUCUUCUGUGCACAACAGCAUUCCAAAUCCAACCAGUCCCACAACAGCUACUCUGGCUGGUGCAAAUCGUGGGCCCACCAGUCCCACAGUUGCCACAAUAGAACUGAUUCCUUCAGUCACAAACCCGGAGAAUCUUCCACCACUUCCAGAUAUUCCACCCAUUCAGCUGGAUGAUGCUGGCUCAAGUACCUUGGAUAAUCUUUUGAGCAGAUUUAUCUCUGAGAGUCACCAUCAUCCUCCACCACCACCACCAUCUUCCUCUAGUUCAAAUCCAUCCCCUGGACCGUCCGCACCAUCCCCUGGACCAGCAAUUGCAGCCUUAGCAAUGGCCAACUCCCAUACUCCAGUCAGACCAUCAAGUACCUCUAGUACUGGUAGCAGAGGCAGCUGCAGCUCCUCUGGUAGAGCUCACGGAACAGAGAAGGGGAUCUCAGUCUUUCGAACAGAUCAGAUCAAAGUGAAGCAAGAGCCAGGCACUGAAGAUGAUGUGUGUAGUUUCUCUGGUGCUUCUGUGAAACAUGAGCAUUUGGAAGAUGGACGGCGAAGUGCUUGCAUGGGCAAAGAGAAACCAAGUGCUUCCCUGAAAGAAGAGGAUUCAGAAGCAUUUUUUGUCUGGGGCAGAGUUAGGACUUCUCGGUGGCUGAAUCAAGAAUGGCACGUGAAGAUGAGCAGUCCUGAAAGCAGUUUGACACCACCUCUUUCCAACAACCUGCAUUCUGAGAGUGAAACUGAUAUGGAAGGGCUUCGAAACAUUGAAAACCACGUUAAGAUAGAGGCUUCGGACAGGACUGGAAGCUGCAGGCAAUUGGGUAAUACCUUUAAUGGAAAGUCUCCAAUACGCAACUUUACACAUCGUUCACCACGUGUUGGAGGUGACAACAACAACAAUAAGGAGGAUGACCCGAAUGAAGAUUGGUGCGCAGUGUGUCAGAAUGGAGGGGAUUUGUUGUGUUGUGAUAAGUGUCCAAAGGUCUUCCAUCUAGCUUGUCAUGUACCUACACUUCUCAACUUCCCCAGCGGGGAGUGGAUCUGCACAUUUUGUCGUGACCUGUCCAAACCAGAAGUAGAGUAUGAUUGUGACAAUUUGCAUCACAUAAAGAAGGGAAAAACUGGCCCAAGCUUGGCCCCUGUUGACCAAAGGAAAUCAGAACGCCUCUUGUUAUAUCUGUAUUGUCACGAAAUGAGCAUUGCAUUCCAAGAACCCGUUCCUUCAUCUGUUCCUGAUUAUUACAGAAUUAUUAAAAAUCCAAUGGAUUUAUCCAGAGUGAAAAUGAAGUUGCAGAAAAAACACUCUCAGCAUUACCAAACGCCAGAGAAUUUUGUGGCUGAUAUCAGGCUUAUUUUCAAAAACUGUGAAAAGUUCAAUGAAGUUACCCUAUUACCUGGGGUUCAAAAUGGUCCUCAAGCCUUCAUGGGGACCAAAGAAAGGGAAAUGAGAACCAAGGCAGAUUCAGAAGUGGCCCAGGCUGGAAAGGCUCUAGAAAGCUAUUUUGAAGCAAAACUACUGGAGGUUUAUUCAGACAGAACCUUUACACCUCUAAUGGAAUCAGAUUCCGAUCAUGAAGAAGAAACUCGUAUAAGUGAGGAUUCAGAUGAUGACUUUGUUCAACCUAGGCGAAAGCGGCUAAAGUCAGAUGACAGACCAGUGCACAUUAAAUAAUUUUCUCCUUCUUGAGGGGAAGAUGAACUUGUUAGACCUCUUUUUGCUCUUUGCUCACUGGAGGUGAGCAAUACACCUGUGGUUAUCUGCUUGUUGGUUGUAAAAGCUGAUACCCACCAAACAGUAUUUAUUAGAGUUUUAAAAUGUUUUUGUACAGAUAAAUAAGACUUUGUUGCAUUUGUUCAUUUCCUGAAUACCAGGAGUCUUUCCAGACUCUGUUGCUUUUUUUUAAAAAAAACAUCCUUGCCUUUACUGAUGUAAUUAUAUAAUUCUUUGUGGUAAAUGUUGUAGAAGGCUUGUAUUUUAUUGGCAUGCACAACAGAAUAUUUAUUAACUCUACACACCUUUAAUUUGCAUAUUUAGAAUUAAAAGUUUUAUUUGUAUAAAAUAAAACCAGCUCAAUUAUCACUUUGGAUAAAUAUACUUGGUCUUGCCUUUUCAGGUGGCUGUUCUCAUUCAGUUAAAUUGUUCCAGCAAUUGAGCCUUCAGAACAGAUUCAAAAUCCUAUGCUAUCCAUGUCAGUGUUUUGAUUCCAAUGAGGUAUACAUGUGUACUGUAAUAGCUGCCAUUAACCACACUGUAAACUGUUUGAGGACCACAGUAACAUACCUUUCAUACCCUUGCGUCUUAAAAAUGCAAGAACUUAUUUUUUCCAAGCAAUUGUAAAUAGUGAGUUUUGUGUGUACUUUUUUUUUACAUUUCAGUUGGAAAGAAACCAAGGACAUACAAACCUGAACAAUAUCAUGAUCUAUGAUAUGGCCCCAACAUUGCUUCAGCAAUCUAUCCUUGCUACUUAUAUUUUACAUUUAUCAAGACGAUCCAGUAAAUUAUUUUCCCCAAGGGCUUAUUUUUCAAUAUUUUCAAAGUUAUGUAAGAAUUCAAAGCAAUGGCAGUGUACUACAUGUUUUCUGGCAUCUCAAUCUUUCUCCUGAUUCUUCAUUGGAUGCCUAAUUUGGUACCACAUAAAUUGAGAACAGAAUCUUGAGUUGCUUUCAUAAUUGAAAAGUUUAUGUGCUUGACUAUUAAUCAACUGGAACUUGUCUCUCAAGCUCACUAAACAUUAAGUGGAAGUGUCGAGUCAUUUGAUGUUGUAGGUUUAUCAUUUCCUGUCCUUUGGAACUCCUCCUUAAAGUUGGCACGAGCUGCUAACAUUUUUCCAUGCUGAUUGAAAUGUUGUAAACUGAAAUGAAUUUGACUAGUCUCAACCCAGGGCUCAGUCCAAAAGAGAAAAUGUGUCUGUUAUUCCCAUAAUUUGAUGCUAACUUGUAUCUAUAAUAAGGGUGGCUGACAUUGGAAACGGGGAACAAUAGUGCAUCUAGCACAAUAUGAUAUUUCCAAAUUUUAUGUUCAGUGCCUUUUUUGAGUACGUUGUAUAUCAGAAUGUGAUCAGAAAUGAUGGCAGCAGUAACAACAGAUAAAUCAUGGAUUUGGUCAUGGAGUUUGCUGCUGGACAAAAUGAUCUGACGUUUGUACACAGAUACUAACAGAAUGUCAGCUUUCCUGUGGCUUAUUUUACACUUCAUUCUUAAUUCAGGAAGUGAUGUAUCAACUGUAUUUUGAGUUUUUAUUUACAAUGGACAGAUUAUUGAUGGGGAAGAGAAUAAUGGGAUAUUAUUGGGAACUGUGGUCUACAUUUAUCCUGCUCUGCUUGACUUUGGAACUUUGUGCCACUAAUGCUGGGAGCUAAAAAUGGAUGUGUGCAGUCGGGAAUGGAACCACAGGUGUUUGCCGUGCUCACAAUGAGCAAUUCACUUAUAAUAUCAAAUUAGCUGGAACAGAUGCAUUUGGAAUUGGUGUACCUCCCUAGUUUUAUAAAAUUGAAAUCUUAACUAGAUUAAUAUGAAGUUAUUCAGUGCUGGCUAUUCAUUUAAAAUGUGCAAGCACAAUGCUGAAAUCAUUUAAGCAAUUUAAUGCCAUCUAUAAGAUUUUUCUGUCAGCAAUUAUCUAUUGUCAUGUGAGAAGUGUCUGAAGUUUGUAUAUGGAAUAGGCACUGAAACUAAGGCAUCUGAAACCUGUCAGAUAAUGGAAUUUGCAUUGAGUGAUUACUGUAUGACAUGUAAAAUCUGAACUGGAUAAAGGUAAAUAUAGUAUCAUGGCACCCACAAAUUGUGUUUUACACCACAAAUUAAACAUUAAUAAAUGUGGUUUGAACCAUGAACUAUGAAGUUUUGAGGAAACUCCUGGAGGAUUAGUGUUAUGGACAUACUAAUCAAAUAUUUCUAUUUUAAUGUGCAAGAAUUCCAAUUCAAGACAGUUUAAUUUAUGCAAUGCAAACUUUUAUGAAGCUAGUUGGUAUAUGGCUAUUUGCCCUUAUUGUAUUUGCCUGGCAACUGCUGUAUAACUGGUUUUCUUUCUACAUCAGAACUGGCAAGUGGAAAAGUUGAUUUCCAUUUCUUGAAUUUUGAUGUAUGUACUGGUGACUUGCUCUCCUAAUAGUUGAUGUGCUGCAUAUGAUAUUUUACAGUGAAUGUUUGCAAGUUUUGUGUUCACAUGUUAAGUGACAUUCAGCUGCAUACCGCUGUUCUUACCCUUCAACUCAAUCUCCAUACUGUCAGCUGCUUCUUACAGGACAGAAUUUUCUUUAGAAAUCUAGUUGAAUCUCUAGUUCAUCUUUCAACCAAUUUCUGGACAGCAAACCAUUUGUUGAUAAAUCUUAUUUGAAUUGUUAUGCAAUUUUUCUAUUUAUGUUCUAGUAUUAUUUUGAACACCUGGAUCUGACUACAAAAUGUCAUAUUAGCUCGUGAAUAACUAAUCUGUAAUGGGCUUUCCAUCAACCGUAAGUAGGUGAUGAUGGUACCCACACACAACACAGUUCCUAAUCAACCAUUAAGCUCCAAAGAGCAGAAUAAAAUAUUUAUGUAGAAUCCAGAAUUUACACCUUUCAUUUACUUCAGUAGACCAUAUAAUUGAUAAUUUUUUGUUAAUUCUGAGCAAAUUUACAUUAAUUCUAAACAAUUGAUGCUUUGUGACUGGCAUCUAAUGUGUACUGCAUUUCUGUCAAGCACCAGAAAAUACUGAUGCUGCUAUUAAAUCCAGUUGGAAAGAGGGAGUGGACCAUUUGAAUAUGCAAUGUCGUCCUAUUUAGAAGAGAGCCUGCAAUCAACAGAAGCAAUGUAAAGUGAAUUUAUGAAGUUGCAAUAAUAGCAUAUUUAUAAGUUGAACUUUGUAAAGUUGAACAAAUCUUCUACUACAUUGUGAAGGUUUGUGCAUUAGCUGAAACCUAAAAUGCUAGUAUGAAAUGCUAUUGAAGUUACUGCUAUUUGGGACUGAUGUUGAAGAGAGACUUGGAUUUGAUCAAAUAGCAAACGUUACUUUGUAUCCAUAAGCUGUUUGUGUAUGCCAUAAAAAUAUACAGCCUCAUUAGCUACUGAUCAUACACUUUUAAGUCAAUCGUCCUAUGGAUGAAUUUUAAGCGACUUAAACUUUGUCUUUUUUUAAUGAUUGCCAGUUAUGACUGUUGCACCCGCUGUGUUUUUUGCUAGUUUUGUAACUUAAAGUUUACAGUAUUUUUGUCGAAAUGAGUUAUUUAAAAGCCUGUCAACAGUUUGUAAAUAUUACCUGUUUAAAAUAUUAUGGAAUGUUGUGUUGUAGAUGAUAAAAAUUAUUGCAUUAGAACAGAAGAAAAGCUUUAAUUGGAAACAUUCUCCUUGGUCAUUUCUAUUAAAUUGUACAGCUGGCAAGGGCCAUGUAGUGAGGAGUGUUUUUCUUGUGCUUAAAAGCAGAUGUGGCCUUCAAUGCAACCACAGCGCAGACUCCACUCUCAAAUAAAACUCAAGGUGUUAUUUCUGUUGAAAUGAAUAUUCUGUUUAUUCUAUUAAUUAAAAAGAUGCUAGAUUUUCUUUUCAAGCCAGCUGAAAAGUUUCAGCUAAGUCAA